CAUGGCCGCGGGCUGGCAGGACGUGCUGCGGGACGCGGCGGCCGUGCGGGAGGCGGCGGCGGUGGCGGUGGACGCGGCGCUGCUGGCGGGGGUGCUGAUGCGGACCGGGGAGCAGCCCCACUCCUCGGAUGUGGUGAAUUACGCGCCCUUCACGCUGCUCCCGUCCGCAGUGCCACGGGCCUUGUUUGAACAAGCCUAUGCUGUCCAGCAGGAUUUUAACCUGCUGGUGGAUGCCAUCAGUCGAAACAAAGAAUUCCUGGAGCAAACUCUGGCCAGCACCAUCAAGGUAGACGACUUCACAGCUCGACUCUUCAGAAUCUAUAUGCAGGUUUUGGAGGAAGGCUUGGCUCAGACUGUGUUUUUGGGCAUCAAUCGCUCGGAUUACAUGUUUGACUGUGGGCUGGAUGGCCAAGCAGCUCUGAGGCAGAUAGAGAUAAACACCAUUGCUGCCAGCUUCGGGGGGCUCACCUCCCACACCGCCGACGUGCACAGAUUGGUGUUGAAAGUGCUGGGAAAGUCUGAGGAGGCAUCACACCUGCUGCCCAACAACCCAGCAAAGGGGCUGGCCUUGGGAAUUGCCAAAGCCUGGGAGCUCUAUGGGUCCCCGAGGGCUGUGGUGAUGUUUCUGGUGGAAGAAGUCCAGAGAAAUAUUUUUGAUCAGCGUUGUGUAGAAAAUGAGCUUUGGAACAGGAAUAUCCGUGUGGUGAGGAAGCGUUUCCGGGAUGUGUUUGAGCAGGGCUCUCUGGAUGCCAGCAGGAGGCUGUACAUGGAUGGCCAGGAGGUCGCAGUCUACGACCAGCAGUGCUGCUCCCAGAGGUGGUGGGAAAUUCAUGUCUGCUUUUCUCUGGAGUGCUACUCCCACCCCCUGUCCCUGCCAGCAGGCAGGGAGGAGACAAACCAUAUGUCAGUAACUUCACAGAAAAGAGCAGAGCAAACCUUUUGUGUGUUUUUUUUUCCUCACGGGGUGGUUGCUCCUUUGCUGCCUCAGAACUGGGAGGCACGGCUGCUGCUGGAGAGGUCCCGGGCAGUGAAGUGCCCCGACAUUGCCACACAGCUGGCAGGCACCAAGAAGGUGCAGCAGGAGCUCAGCCGGCCAGGCAUGCUGGAGAAGCUGCUGCCAGGCCACCCCGAGGCUGUCACUCGGAUAAGAGCCACCUUUGCAGGACUCUACUCCCUGGACGAGGGUGAAGAGGGUGACAGAAUAGCUGCCACAGCCAUCGCUGACCCCGACCACUUCGUGCUGAAGCCUCAGCGUGAAGGUGGAGGGAACAACCUCUAUGGUGAAGAGCUCAGGGAGGUUCUGGAGAAGAUCAAAGACAGCCCUGAGAGAACCUCCUACAUCUUGAUGGAUAAGAUCAGACCCCAGCCAGCACUGAAUUACUUGCUGAGGGCUCACAGUCCCCUCCAAGUGUCCGAGUGCAUUUCUGAGCUUGGGAUCUUUGGUGUCUAUGUCAGGCAGGGCCAGGAGCUGGUGCUGAACGAGGCCGCCGGUCACCUGCUGCGCACCAAGGCCAUCGAGCACGCCGACGGCGGCGUGGCUGCCGGGGUGGCCGUGCUGGACACGCCCUACCUGGUGUGAGGAGCCAUGGCCCCACCCUCCUCUCUGCUGCCUGAAGAGCUGAUCUGCCCCAGGGGGUUCUCCUUAGAGUGUGCUUGCCAAGUUGUGCUGGAGGCUGUGAGGAGGGACUGUGUGAUGCAGCUGCUCAAAGGUCCUGGGUGCCAGCCCCAGCUUCUUCUGGUGAUUCCCCUUCCAGGAAGAAGGAUUCCCUUGCUCUGCCUGCUCAGGGGGCCUUGCCCUGGGCACUGCCCAGCUGUGACUCCCGGGACUGCAGGGUUCUGGAUGUUCCCUUGGGGCCUGGCCUGAGGGCAAGGGAACGUAGAGCAAAGGGUCAAUGUGCCAUAACAGGCCUUUGUGCUGCUCCCACUUCCGAGCUUCUUGAUGCUGCAUGAUUUCUGGAGACAUACACAGCCUAAGGAAUGAGAGGAGAAAAGUGGAUGGGCAAGUAUCAGCCUUUAUCUUCAUCCAGUGCCUCAGUCCUCUCCCCUUAAAGAGGAGCUUAAAGAGGAGAGCUCAGCUCCACUCAGCCCCUCCAGCCCUCCUUUCCGUGCUGCUGCUGUCCUGAUGUCUCUUUUCCCUUGUGCCUGAGGAUCCUCAGGGUUCCUGCACCAGGCACAGCUGCCCUGGGUAUUUUGCCCAAGGGCCUCUUGCUUGCUUUUGCUUUGCCCAACUCCUGUUUUAUUGGACUGAGUGCUUGUCCCAAACAGUGCCUCUGUGCCACGCAGGGCAGGCAGCAGUGCAGGGUCUAGGGCAGGCUCCCACUGCCUCCUGCAGGCCUGUCCAACACAUCUCCAGAGGCUGAUGUAAGAACCCCUCAGAGAUGGAGGCAGCUCCCAAGGCAGCAGUGAAUUGGAGCCUCGUGUGUGUUGAUAAAUCCCAAAUCACCUCAGGUUUGUGGCAGUGCAUCCCACUGCACAUCAAACACUGAGCAUCUUCCUGUCAGGGAGCCCCAGCCUUGGGAAUGGUUCUGUUGAGACUGGGAGCUCUGUGAUGAGGAAGUAAAAGAAUUGCAGGGGAGGCUGGACAGCACAGUCCCAGCUCCAAGUGUCUUACUCUGGGACCAGCACCAGCGCAGGGGGAGCUGUGGCUCCCUCCAGGUUUUAUGGAUCAAUGGGAACAGCAGUGGAGGAGUGUGAGCUCUCCUGCUCAAGGUCUUCUGCCUCUUCCUCCAGCCCCCUUUCCUCCUCAGCCCUAAAAGCUGCACCUUUCUGGCAGUGAAGAGCCCAGACAGCCUCAGCCCAGCCCUGUCAGUUACAGAAUUCUGCACAGAGACAGAAUUCCUGAAGAAUGGAUGUGCUGAAUGGCAGAACCAGCACAAAAGCAGAAUUCCUGCAGAAUGGGUGUGCUGAGUGACAGCCCUGCUGGCUCUUUGCUGCUGUGGCAUCAAUCAUCAAUCGGUCACCUGGGAAACUGCUCCAUUCUUCAAGUAUGACUGAAACUGGGAUUCCUGGGUGUUUGUUGGGGGAUUGAUUACCCCAAGCCAGAGAUUAAAAGGAAUGUGCAAUCUGA